AUGGCUGCUGUCAUGGAUGCAACUCGUCGGAGAUUUGCUGAUCUGGAUUCUGAUAAUUAUGAACAACUUCUGAAUAACAAGGACAGUGAAAAUACUCACAAAGCCACCAAGAUCUCGGUGAGUGUAUUCAAAGAUUAUCUGCGUGAGAAAAACUUAAAUACAGAAUUUGAACAGCUUGACAAACUCGAUCUUGCAAAUAUUCUUAGAAAGUUCUACCUCGAAGUCAGAAAGGUAGACGGAGAUUUCUACAAAAGGGCUAGUCUGUUGGCAAUUAGGCAAGGUUUGAACAGACACUUAAAAAAACCAGAAGGCCAAGAAGUGAGAGUCAUUGACAUAACUAAAGAUGUCGAAUUCAGUGAGGCAAAUAUUGCUUUCAAAGCUGCCCUUGUACAGUUGAAGACACUCGGAAAGGGAGAUACAACUCACAAGUGUCCUAUCUCACAGGAGGACAUCAAUCAGCUCUACAAAUCGGGGGUGUUUGAUGAGAAUACUCCCCAAGGUCUCCAGUACAAAGUUUUUUUCGAAUUGAUGUUAUUCAUCUGCCGUCGAGGCCGUGAAAAUCUCCGUGAAUUAACACCAGAUCAUUUUGAGAUAGGUCAGGACAACAACGGAAGAAGAUACGUUUACCAAAGUAGAGACGAAUUGACAAAGAAAACAAGAGAAAACAACCCAGAUAGUAGAGUAGAUGCAGGUCGUAUGUAUUCAACAGGAGAGCUAGGAUGUCCAGUAAAUUCAUAUGAAAAAUAUGUUUCGAAACUUAACCCGAAAUGCAGUGCGCUUUUCCAGACACCUGUUACUUCAGAAGCACCAAAGUUGUGGUACAAAAACAUACCAGUGGGCCAGAAAACAUUGGGUCAAAUGAUGUCUACUAUCAAUAUCAGCAAGAGAGCUGAACUAUCACGCAUCUAUACAAACCACUGUAUUCGUGCUACGGCUAUCACAAUUCUCGAUCGCAAGGGAUUCAGUGCCCAUGAUAUUUGUAGCAUUUCUGGGCACCACAAUGAAGCUAGCCUAGGAAGCUACACUGGACUAGUUACCGGCAAGCGUAAGAGAGAAUUGUCUGAUGCACUGAUUUCAUCGAUAACUCACUCGCGGGAUAAGGCAGGUGUGUCUCGAGACGAGUGUGUUGAUCCAGAAGUAGAUCUACAUGUAGACCAGUCAUCACAUCAACAACCCCAAAAAACACGAACAAGUGAAUGUGAGUAUGAUGAGCAGGGCCAAGAAGAUAGUCCUAUUCUCUCUGACUCCCAAGUUGCACUGAUAGAUGACAUAAUUGGUCCUCAACCAGAGCAAAUCCACAAUAUCAACAUGGCCAGUGCUUCUCGAAAUACAACUACAAGUAUGCAAAUGCAUCCCCUGGUUUUCAACAACUGCACAAAUAUAACUAUUAACUACAAUAAUUUCCAAUAG